GGCAUUUAUUCGAGUGUCAAUUGCCUAGCCUUCCUUGCUUAUGCAGUGAGUCUCUUCAGGCGGUUCUCUGCUUGUCGUCCGUUCCCACAGCAACGACACACUGGAGAAAGCUUGCCUGUUUGCCUUCCAGCCGAUCAAUGCGACAGCUCUGGCCGGUUUUAUUGGUGAAUAUGUCGUAAAGCCCCAAAACCCGUCACGUUUGUCUUUCCUGCACGCCAAAAUUCACAAGAACAAGUCACACGCGUCUUUCCUCUACGAAACCUCCUACUUCGGGCUCAUGAGGCAGCAUACCUUGUGAGCUUGUGGCAGCUCGAUCUGGAGCGUGCAGUGCCGUCCUCCGCUGGACGUCGAACGGUCGCGUUGGGGCAGUAACCCAACUGCUUGGAUAGUAAAUUGGCCUGAUUCCAGGUCUACGGCCGGCUAGGCUGUGUACCAAGCUUUGACUCUGGGACUGCUGGCACACAUCCAUAGCCCGUAGCAAGCGAUUCGGUCCUGCGAAGCUGUGGUUCCGCGCUCCAUGAUGGGUGAGAUAGCAUCGAUCUCUUGAAAAGCGCCUGGCUUCAACGAUGCGGAUCUGCGUCGGUCUCGUGAUCGUCGCGCGCCUCUCAUUCGCAUGGGUCCCGCAAGCGCCUUCAAGGCCUUCAAGGCCGACGCCGCGCCGCGCGACGGAAAACGAGAACGACGCGGACUCGUCGCCGCUCGCCUGGCUGCGUUCGAAACGCGACACCUUCGAGCCAAAGUGGUCCUGGUUAAAGGAUCGUAGAGACUUCUCGGACGUGGUCCGCGCUGGCCGCCGCGCGGAACGAGAACAGCUCGUGCGCGGCCAGCGCGCGAUCAAAGAGAGCAUCUCGCGCCUCGCGGCGCCGGGCGCGGCCGGCGAGCUGCUGGACUUUCUCGAAGGGGAGGUAAGGAAAGAGCGCGCCGUGCGGAACGCGACGCUGAUCUUCAUAAAGGACGAGUGGGCUCGCGAGGAGGCGCUCCGGCGCGAGACGCGCGCGCGCGAGGAGGCGCUGCGCGAGAGCGCCCUCCGCUUCGUGGACGACGAGUGGGCCCGCGAGGACGAGCUGCGGCGCGAUGCUAGGGCGUUCGUCGUCCGCGGCAGUGCACGAAUCAUAUUUUCGCCUGCUCGACGGCGUGGCGGUGUGGCUCUCUGACUGCGCAACUUGGCUAGCACGGCCACUUCGUCGCGAGAUAUGAGUCGCGAUGAGUCGCGAAGAGUUGCGCACCCGACUCGCUGUUCGAUAUGCGCACAGGCCGACGAGUUCGAGCGGCUCGCCGACGCCGACGAGGAGCUGGCCGCGCGGAUCCGGGGCGCGCCGCAGAUCACGGUCUGCGCCGCGCCCAUCGCCUGCGGCAAGGCCGACGGCCAGCUCGUCCACGACCGCCUCGCGCGGCUCGCCGCGGGCGAGGCGCUCGCCGGCCGGCCCGCGCCGCUCGUGCGAUGCGUCUUGGCCCGUGCGAGAAUCAUAUUUUCACAACGGCGCCUUUUGUGCGAACCGCAUUGUCGAGAGGGUCCUACGAUCGCCGCGAAAUGAGCACGUGACAGACCAAUUCGCACGCAGGCGACGAAGUGCGCCUCGAACUGCCGCGCGGGCAAGGUCGCCGUCACGCUCGGCGCGCCGCGCCGCGAGGUUGUCUACUGCGACGCGGCCGCGGCCGCCGCGUGCGAGGACGCGCUCGGCUACUGCGACCCCGCCGCCGUCGAGGCCGCGCGCGAUGAAGACGUGGACCGCCAGCUCGAGGCGAUCCUCGAGCGCGGCCGCCGCUCGACACGGCAGAAGAAGCGGCGAUGACGCUCUCGGCUUUCUUACUCCUUCCUGCCGCGGCACAAGCCUCGGGGGCUUUUCUAAUCUGUGCUUGAAAGAAUAGCGAGAGAGCUUGUUACUAAAUGGGUGCGAAAAAAAUCCGCCAACGGGCACACGAUAUAU